UCCCGCGUGGAAUCUGUAUUGUGUCUACAAGUGAAGUUGUGGCAGAGCGACGGGGCCAUUGAAGUGAUUGUUUUCCUUCCUCGGACUAGUUUCAAAACAAACUGCGAGAUGGAGGUCAGCGCCGAGGCCAAGAGGAUCAUGGUGGUGGCACUGGGCAAACUGUACAGCUCCCGCACGCAGCGUGGGGGUCUCCGGCUGCACCGGAGCCUCCUCUUGACUCUGGUGAUGAAAUCCGCUCGAGACAUUUACCACGCGGCGCAGACUACGACUGAAAGUAUGGAGGAAGAGCGCGAGGAACAGCAGCCCUCUGAGGUUAAGAUGACCACAGAGGCGAGCGGCACUCAGGAGCUCCAGGGUCCCGCUUCUCUUCCUCACCUGGCCGCCGACGCGGACGCGCAGGGCGACGCGCAAAACCAGGAUGACGCUUGUCUCGGCGGGCCGCCGCACCACACGCGGAAAAGACGGGGCAAAGCUACCGCUGAGCCGGACUUCCUGCCGUGUAAGAAGGCAAAACUGGAGUACGGGACUGCUCAACAGCUCAUUGUCAGCUCCGUUUUGGUGGAUUACGCAAACUGUUGUAGUGAGCUGGGACCUUCCCCGAGCCCCAUCCCCCUUCAGACAGUCAUAGCAGCGUGUUGAACACCCUGAGAGAGGACUUUUGAAAGUUUUCUACUCGGCCCCGUGGGAGCCAUGAUGAAACGGCCCCGCUACGGUGCGCCUGUUCCAGUGUCUGGGCUGGGGUACACGCCAGGGACAGCGAAGGCCCUGAAGGGGACAGCUUGGGCUCGGACCAGUUGGAUCGCUGCAGUUCAUGUGACUCCAUGCCUCAUAAUAACUUCAUCCGAACACAGGCGGAACUUCUCAAGGACUGGGACCAUUUCUGCCUUUCAUCGACUCAUUUCACAUAAACGUGAACUCUGUUGCUGCUUCACAUGGCAAACUGAAUAUGAGCUUGUUAUUGUCUACAUCCUGACUUAACAUAGAAGAUGUGAUCAAGUGUAAAAUUCUCAUUGACUGCAACUACCUCAGUAUUUAUUAAAAACCUUUUGUACUUGAAAA